AGUGGGUCGCGUUUCCAAGAUGGCGACUCCCUAUGUGACUGACGAGACCGACAAAGAUGCUUGUAACGUUUCAGGGAAGUACAUUGCCUCCACGCAGCGCCCUGACGGGACCUGGAGGAAGCAGAGAAAGGUGAAGGAGGGAUACGUGCCCCAAGAAGAAGUGCCAGUGUAUGAGAAUAAGUAUGUGAAGUUUUUCAAAAGCAAACCAGACCUGCCCCCCGGUCUGAGCCCCGAGGCCAACGUGCAGCCAGGCAAGCAGGCCACCAAGGCGGAGUGCGGCGAGACCGGCCUGUCCAAGACGGCCAAGAGGAACUUGAAACGUAAGGAGAAGAGGAAGCAGGAGAAAGGGGAGAGGGAGACAGACGAACUGAUCCAGUCACUGGAAAAGGCCACCCUCUUGGGGGGCAGCAGCAGGGAUGGUAAGUCGGCCCUGCAGCAGCAGCAGGCCUGCGGCGGAACGGCCCUGGGGGACGGGGACUCCUCAGCCUCUGAGAAAACCAAGAAGAUGAAAAACCUGAAAAAGAAGCUGCGGCAGGUGGAGGAGCUGCAGCAGCGGCUGGACUGUGGGGAAAUAAAGCAGCCGACGAAAGAGCAGCUGGAGAAGCUGGCGCGGCGGAAAGCGUUGGAGGAGGAGCUGGAGGACCUGGAGCUGGAUUUGUAA